UCCAUGGCAUCCUCCUCCCCCUCUCCACUCAUACUCCUCCUCCUUCACAUCAUCAGUACCAGGAACAGCAGCGGCAGCCUUGGCAGAAGCCAGAGCCUGGUCGCACAGACUGCAGCUUCACCAGCUGUCUUUGUAGACUUGCUCAACCAACAGGACGGUGAUGAGCUGCAGCAGUCGCUACCCUGUCAUUUUCCGGAGGAUGGACAGAUAGGAAAAAAAGGGAGAUCAGGAGAGUUGAAGACGGUGCACUGCAGAGGAACCCCAAAAGACCCAGGCAUGAAUGGCAGCCUCCAAAAUGGCCACCGUGACAGGGGUGAGGCCCAGAACGGGCCGGAGAUCACCCGAACAGGGUGAUUGGCAGCAUAACAGAGGCCAGCAGUGGGAGGAGGAACAUCUGGACACCCCCCGUGGCCUUGGUGAAGCCCCCCCCAAGGGGGUGAUGACCUGAAAACAUCAUGUCGGAGGUCCAGGGAACUGUUGAGUUUUCUGUAGAGCUGCACAAAUUCUAUAAUGUGGACCUCUUCCAGAGAGGGUAUUAUUUGGUGCAUGCCAGUCUGAAAGUCCCAUCCAGGAUUCCACAUCGAUUGUUCACAACUAUUGUGGAACAAACAGGUGAUUCUAUCCUUUGCUCAGCCUGUGUCCAGGAGAACAGUGUUUACAGCAGAGUGUUUCAGAUCCUCUACAGGAAUGAAGAGAUUGUUAUUAAUGAAUCUAUGAACUUCAGAGUCCACCUUCUGCUGGAUGGUGAGAGGGUGGAAGAGGCGUUAAGUGAAGUCGAUUUUCAACUGAAGCUGGACCUGCACUUUACAGACAGUGAACAACAGUUGAGAGACGUCGUGGCCAUCCCAUUGAUCAGCAGCCGCACGUUGGGGCUCCACUUCCACCCAAGGCGAGGCCUCCACCACCAUGUCCCCGUCAUGUUUGACUACUUCCACUUGUCCGUGAUCUCUGUUACUCUGCAUGCCUCCCUGGUGGCCUUGCACCAGCCACUAAUCAGCUUUACUCGCCCAGGGAAGGGCUCGUGGCUUGGGAAAGGCAGCUUGGAAACGGAGCCGGAUCUGACAGGAAUGUCCCUAGAAAAUCUGGUGUUUGGAGCUGGCUAUUGCAAGCCUGCUGCUUCAGAGGGCAGCUUUUAUGUGCCAUCCGAAAACUGUAUGCACCAUGCACACAAGUGGCAUAAAGACCUUUGCCUUCUGCUUUUGAAUGCCUACAGAGGACUCCACGUGUACUACGUCCUUAUCACGAAGGAUAUUCCCAACCUGCCGCAGCUGAAGUUAGAGGAUCUUGCUGUGGAAGAGACGCUGUCUCAGCUCUCCGCAGAACUGCAGAUGCUGAAUAAUCCAGAGAAGAUCGCAGAGCAGAUCAGCAAAGACCUUGCCUGGCUCUGCUCCCACCUUUUGGCUCUCUGGAACCAGUUUCUGGAGGUUGUAACCCUGCAGCCAGAUGUCACAGCCUAUCUCGUUCAGGAGCAUCACACACUAAGGGUGAGAAGAUUUUCUGAGGCUUUCUUCUAUGCAGAGCAUCAAAAACUGGCCGUGUUGACUUUUCAGGAAAGCCUCAUCCAGGGUCACAGUCAGAUUUCAUCAGAAGUCCGGACCUCUGAGUACCUCACCAGCAUGCCGCCCCUUCCUGCCGAGUGCCUCGACAUUGAUGGGGACUGGAGCACGCUGCCCAUCAUUUUUGAAGACAGAUAUGUUGAUUUCCCCUACAAAGUUCAGGGCUUAGAUGUUUUGCCAAACUAUAUGGUGUCUUCUGUGGACAGUUCACAAGUGGACUUGAUAGUUAAAAGUGAGGGGCCUUCCUCAAAUGAUGACAUUGCACUAGCAAAGGCAGAUUUCAGGAGCAAUACCCCGUUCAUUAUCCACACGGAUAGGAUAAACAGGAAAUCAAUUUAUGCUUGCAGUUAUCCAGAAGGCAAUUCCUGCACAGCCAAAAGUUUCAAGGAACACUCCACAACUCAGGUAUAUGCAAUGAAUGUAGAUGUCCAGCCGCAUGAGAAUCUAUCCACCCCGGUUAGCAAUGUUAUGUCUGGUUUGAAAUCAGAUAUCCCAAAAGAUACUGAAAAAAGCCUUAACACCCCUAUGGAGACCAAUGAUCUACUCACACCUGGGGUGGAAUAUUUGGACAUGAACCCAGCUUCAAAUGGUGCCCACCAAAGGGAACCAAUGCUUGUCAUGACUACCCUCAAUGACAGUGGCACAUGUGGACAUCACAAACUUUUGGAUGGGGUUGACUUGAACCAAGCACCUAAAGGUGAGAAUUGUGGGUCUAAUCUCACUUUUGACAAACUCACAGUCAGUGAACAAAAUGGCCUUGAAAAACAAGAAGAUCUAGGUGGUGAGGUUGCAUUGUCAGCAUUUGAUGUAAAUGAUCAUUUGGAGUCAUUGAACCCAAUAAAAGAUGUUGAGGUGGCCAAGUCUUUCCCAAAGGAGCAAAUAGUGCAGGAGUAUGAAGAGUUUACUGUGCCAUCAGGGGUCAUUAAACGAUCUUCUUCAUUGAUCUCAGACUCAGGGAUUGAAAGUGAGCCCAGUUCAGUAGCUUGGUCCGAUGCACGGAGCAAGGCCUUGGAGUUGCCCAGUGAUCGGGAGAUCCUCCACCAGCUUGUCAAAAGACAUGGCAUCCACCGGAAUUCUCUGGAAGGUGGCCACACAGAGAGCAAUACCAGUUUGCCCAGCGGCAUACAAGCCUCCCUCACGUCAAUUAGCUCCUUGCCUUAUGAGGAGGAAGAGAGGCAAGUAGAACCCAACAAGCUGACCAAAUCUAUCUCAGCUCCUCAGAUCAGUAGCCCCGAUGAGUCUGUAGAUGACAUGGAUAUAUCCAAACAUGCUAAAACCACCUCUAACAUUGCAGAUAGUCAAUACAUGGAAACAGAGCAUGGCACCAUGGCAUUAACAGGAAGUAUUUCUACCUGUCCAAACAACAGGGAAAGUGUAGGAUCACUGCCCUCCACUUCUCUAAUGGAGAGUCAUGAAUCUGUCUUUGAGCAAAAUGGCGGCACUUCUCCCUUACCAGAAUAUGUUGAAAGUUUUUCAGAAGUGGACUGCAAUUUAGAAACAGUAGGAGGACCUCUGCUUCUCAAGCAAAAUCUAGAUGUGGAUGGCACAGUAGGAUGCCAGUUGCUGGAGGAAAGACAAGAGGAAGAGGACCACUUGAGAAGGGUGAAUGGCUAUUUGGACACAAAUGCAUCUCACCUUGACGUGUAUAGCAAGGAGGUCAAUUUGCAUACAGGCCAGAGUUUGUAUCCUACAGAUGUUGAGACAUUCUCACACUGCAAGAGUCAUGCACCAGGCUUUUGCUAUACUGUCCCUCCCUCAUCAGAGGUAGCCUCUAAAUCUGCCUCCACAAAGGAACGUCCUGUUGCCAAUGGGAACACAGCAACAUGUGGUGGAGAAAUCUCCAACUUACAAGAAAUUGACUUGGAUAGCAGAUCCAGGUGCGAACCCUACUGUGCUGAACCAGAAAGCAGAGAGCUCAAAGUGGUGGCAAGCAACACAGGGUUCCAUUCAGUGGUGCCAGAGGGACUGGUACUGGAGAGCAAAAAGACCACUGAGGUGGUCAACUUAUCUGUUUCAUGCACAGCCACAUGUCUUCCUUUUUCAUCGGUUCUUAAGGAGGCACCACCAGUGGCUGGCUUCUCCUGCAAGCAGGCCUCUUCUCCCAUCACUCACCAGCCGGUGGGCUCUUUUGGGAUCAUCUCCUGUGAUUCCAGUGAUGUGGAUGAGGACACCAAUGAAAGAAUGCUUAGUUUUUAUCAGGCCAAAGAAAAAUUUAAAAAAGAACUGAAGAUCGAAGGAUUUCUGUACAGUGACUUAUCUGUACUCGCUUCUGAUAUCCCAUAUUUUCCUCCAGAGGAAGAGGAAGAAAAUUUGGAAGAUGGGAUUCACCUUGUCGUCUGUGUCCAUGGGCUGGAUGGUAACAGUGCAGAUCUUCGACUGGUUAAAACAUUCAUCGAACUAGGUCUUCCUGGUGGAAAACUUGACUUCCUGAUGUCCGAAAGGAACCAGACAGACACGUUUGCUGACUUUGAUACAAUGACUGACCGUUUGCUGGAUGAGAUUAUUCAGCACAUUCAGCUGUACAACCUGUCGAUAUCCCGAAUAAGUUUUAUCGGUCACUCUCUUGGCAACGUCAUCAUCCGGUCAGUACUAACCCGGCCCAGGUUUCGCUAUUACCUCAACAAGCUACACACCUUCCUGUCCCUCUCUGGACCUCACCUAGGGACCCUUUACAACAACAGUACUUUAGUUAGUACAGGCUUGUGGCUCAUGCAGAAGCUGAAAAAAUCUGGGUCCCUUUUGCAGUUAACCUUCAGGGACAAUGCUGACGUACGCAAGUGUUUUCUUUAUCAGCUCAGCCAAAAAACAGGUCUUCAGUAUUUCAAAAACGUUGUUCUGGUAGCCUCACCCCAAGACCGCUAUGUACCGUUUCAUUCUGCGAGAAUAGAAAUGUGUAAAUCCGCCCUGAAAGACAGGCAUACAGGUCCUGUUUAUGCCGAGAUGAUCAACAACCUCCUCCAGCCAGUAGUUGGGGCAAAGGACUGCACUUUAAUCCGACACGAUGUGUUCCAUGCUUUGCCGAACACGGCCAACACGCUGAUUGGACGGGCUGCACACAUUGCCGUGCUGGAUUCUGAACUCUUCUUGGAGAAAUUUUUCCUCGUGGCAGGACUCAACUAUUUCAAAUAGGACCAUGAGCCUCAGAGUUAACAAAGAACAUUGUGCAUUCGCCAGUGGCAUGGGAUUCUUGAGCCAAAAGAUUGCUGUGUUACUGGGAAUCAUGGAGCAUGCUGAAGGCAAGGUGGGACAGAUUUACACACAAACACAUGCCCUACUUAACUGGGGGAAGAUUCAAGUGCUUUGGUUAUACAGUAUUCAAAGGGCCAAAUAUUGGUGCUUUUUUGGAAGAUGUAAAGACAAACAUGUUAAUUUUCUUUGUUCUUUUGUGUUUGUUCAACCCUCAAAAACGGGUCUUGAAAUGCAGAAGGCGAGAUCAUGGAUCUGCCCUUUUAUAAAAGUGGCCGGACCAACAUUUAUCUCACCUGUCCCAUCACCAUUAAAAAUUUACGUAGGUUUGAACUGCAUUUGUGGAUUUCACUCUGAUGUAGUUAAUAGAAAAGUCAUUUUGUUUUUGUAAGUUUUCCGUCAUGUUACAAGGUUAAAACAAACACAAAGGUCAGGCUGUGUACUUGGUGUAUCAGAAAACGAGGAGCAAAGACAUCUUGUGAAUUUCAGCACUUUUUGAAAAAUGUUGUUAUUUCAUAUAAACCCAUAAUGCCUGUGUUGAAAUUGGAAGGCUCUAAUUCUGCUGCCCCAAAGUUGCGAUAAAAUUGCUUUGGUUUGUAGAAAAUCUAGCUCCUAACAUUGAAUUAAUCUGUGGCAGUAUUUAGCCAUUUUAAAAUUUGGCAGGCAAUAUAAGGGAAGCUUUGAAGACAUGGGGGAUCCUUUUUGGCAACCGAGGACAUGUUUUGAAUUGAGCAAGGCCUUAAGCACCAGCAACAUUGACUCUGUGCACUAAAUAUAAAUAUAUAUAUAAAUCAAAUAAAUCAAAUAAAUAAAUAAAUUACUGGGGCUAUUCACACAAUCGUGUGUGGGUUGGGUGAUGGUGGAGGGAAGGCAGGGUUCAAAAUUACCUUCCCUCAGUCAGCUGCUUUGGCCCCUGUGACAUUCAAGCCGCACAUCCACAUGACCAGUACUGCUGGGAGCCACAGGAAUGACUAUCUACACAGCUCAUUGUCCAGUCCUCUGAGAAUCCCACAGUGCACCACACACCGAGCUCAGUGCACUGGGGAUUUCCUGGGGGUGGGCAUUUGAGGCACCCGUCUCUGUGUCAUGUGAGCUGCCGAUCCCAGGCGAGCAUUAAGGUGAUUUGCACCCUUAACCUUGGCUAAGAGCUGAGCUUCUGAGCUGGGUUUAGCACUGAAGCACCUCCGGGAUCUGCAUGGAUCCUGGUGGUUUUCACAGGCAUCCAUGCCCAGGUUUAGCUGCUUAUGCCUGGACUUGGCUGCUUGUGAGAACAGCCCCACUGUUACACAAAUCAAAACGUGGGCAAAGGGCUCCGUUUAAAGCCCUUUGCAGCAGAGACUGCAGCUGAGCCCCUCACUUCAAGGCACAGGCGAAGGACUGAAACUCUCUCUACCCUGUGUGGAUAGCGAUAGAGUUCAUCCUGAUACGUCCCUGAGGAGCUAAUGGAUAAACAGAGCCCAACUAGAGGGCUGGUGACACAAUGAACCCUUUGCCCAUUUCUUGGUUUGCAUGCGAGAAAGUGGUUGAGGUGCCUACUAAAGAGCAUGUUCAUGUGUUCUGAUGGCCAGAUGGGAAUCCCUCAGGGACUGGAUUUGGACCCCAAGCCUCCAGAUACUUAGUCUUAGACUAGAUGAGCUGCAGAGAGAAAGCACAGAGUUUCAGUGACUUAUGAGAGGCACUGAGUAUCCGACACAGGGUUUUUACGAGAUUUGAGGGUUGCUUGGUUGGACCUGGAGGUAGCCGCCCCAAAGAAGUGUAACCGACACACUUGUUUCCAAUCCCACACCAGUGGCAGGCUCUGAUCCCAUCCUGAGCCAUCGAGCGUACAAGUGUCAUGCCUCAGCAAAGGUCAGGCUCCAGGCAGGCAGCCACAGAGGGCUGGAAGCAGGUGGACUGGCCCAAACAACAAAGGCCAAAGUUACAGAGCAGCAAAAAGAAGGUUUGAUGAAGUCAGAGCCAGCUCAUGGUCAAAACCAAAUGGGGUUUUGCCAUCAAAGCAGCAAUCAGGGAAGGAGCAGGUGUUGGAUUAUUCCACUGACAUCCCACAUUUUAAUGAUUUCCACUUUUAUCCCAUCAUGGAACUCAAGGUGGUUUUCCAGUGACCACCUAUCCAGGCAUGAACCAUACCUAGAUCAGCAUAGGUGGUUGUAGUGUGUACCCUCAGACGAUGCCUGGAGAUUAUUCAGGCAGUGUCCUCACAUCUGAGAAAAGUUGCUCACACUGAGCAGCAAAUGGCCAGCCUAGGAUCUUAGGGUCUUGUGACUGGAUGCUUCUGUAGGUUGGGACUGCAGCCAAGAUGGCGCCCUCAGAACCUAGAGUAGCAUCUACUAUGCUUGCAGCCAAGCAUAAUAGUAUAUCCACAAGACGUUAGGCAUCAAAACCUAGGGGUGUGUGAACGAAAUUGUGUGGGAAUGUAAAUGGCCACUGCACAUGCGCGGAGACCAGAACUGGGGCACCUGUUGGCCCAUGGUUCAGAGGGGGAGCGCUGGUGGGGAGCCUCACCUACUGCCACUGAGGAUCCUCUGCAGGGCCAGGGAGCUGCCACUGCUGCUUGAGCCUAUAAGGUGCCCUCUUACUCACCCCCAGCCCAUUUUUAUAUAGGGAAUCCUGCCCAGCCCCCUUUACUUGUAAAGAAGAAUCCUUAGAAGAUUCCCAUUUACAAGCAGAGCAACCUAACUGGGUCAAACUGAGUCAGCCUGGUUCAACCCGGUUCAACAGCUUGAACCAAACUGCCACCGGUUCUCUCGAACCGGCUCAUGGACCCAGCAGCUCAGUUCAAGUUUGGUUUGAACUUGGACCCAACCGCCCAUCCUAGUUCCAUGCACACCCCUAUCAGAGCCUGGCUACUGGGAAUCCUGGAUUGAGGCACGCACACAAACAGUCAACAUGGCACUUUAGUGGGAUGAAGGCUGGAAGGGGAGCCUUCGAUUUCCACAACAACUAUCUAUGUCUUGUAGGUUCCUCCCCACCUCUUAUCCUAAGUCAUAUUGGCCUGUGAGAGCCUUUUUUAGGAUAAACAAAAGUGAAAGGUUGUCUUCACAGGCUAAGUUCUCCCAGAACAUGAAAUGCACCUUCUUUAAACCAGUCACGGGAAUGUUUACUUCCUACUUGACAUUAUAAAAGCUUGUGCAAAACCUCUAGACCUAGGGACAUCUUGAGUCAGUCUUGUCAAUUGUUUGACUUGGCUGCAGAUUACCAUCCGUAUCAGGAGCCAUACCUGGAGCUGUACUUGGCUCCAGAUUGCCAUCUGGAUGGUUACAUAUUGUGAACCAGCCAGAUGCUUUUUUUGUAUGGGGCGGUAUAAUUAGAUGAAUUACAUAAAAUAAUAUAAUAAAAUAAAAUAAAUCCGCUGAAAAAUCAUUCAAAAAGGGUUUUAUUGGGAUGUCUCAAAUCAUAAUCCAGAAAUGAAUCGCCUGGUGUUAAUGUUAUCAUGUUCAUCAUCUUACAGUAUCUUUGAGGUUCUCUGAACUUCUAAAGCAUCUGAAAGUGAGGCAAAACCAGAGCCAGACAAGGUCUUGAUGACUUAAACUCUUGGGCAAAGGUUGCUCUGCAUUUAGAUGUGAAACACAUGUCCCUUGUAUUAAUUUUGUGCAUGUAAUGGGGAUGCACAACUGAGCAUUCCUCAACGUUGAAGUGAAUGGGGAAACACUUCCUCACCUAAAACUGCAUGUGUGUACCAGAGCUCCACAGAUUCUUGGACCCAUAACUUGCUGCUUUUCCUUGUUAAUGCUGUUCACCAGCAUUCCAACCAAAUCUUGGAUUUAAUCUUAAUGCAUAAUAUAAAUAGUGUCAUCUAUACUUGGUGCAUAUAUCAUGCUCAGUAAAGAUCUGGCCUGAGAUCUUUCAAAGCCAGUAGGAUUCCUAGUGACACAAAAUGAGCUUUGGGUCUAGUCCUGAGAGCCUGAUCCAUCUCUUAUUGAUGCCAACACUCAAUGCUUUGCUCUAAGUUGAUUUAUUGAUGCCUCUUUGCUAGAUGUCAGAUGCAAGGUCCCACACGGUUUUGCUUGGUUACCCUUCACCCACCAAGAAAAACCAUGGGCCACAGACUGUCUAGAUCUGACUCUCAUCUCAUCAGCCAAACUUGUGAAAGGUUCCUGUGGAUCAAACACAGUAAUUCUUUUUGUUUGUUUAAUAUGAUGAACUGUUGUGGAUUUCAUCUUCACAAAUGCUGCCACACUUGUGUCAAAAUUAUGGGCAAUAAUAAUCUGGUUUGCUGAAGAUUUAAAGCUAUCAGAUGCAUCUUUUUCUAAAAAAAAAAAAAUUGGGAUACUAUCUUUGUAAAGACCUUGUAUAUUGUAGAAUCCUGUCUUACAUGAAUGCAUCAGAAAUGUUUAUUGCUAUUACACUUGUAUAAAACUGCAGAUGAUAAAUGAGUUGUACAUAGCAACAUCUCAAUGUUGGAACAUUGCCUAAGUUAUAAUUACAUUUGGCCUCCUUUAAAAAGGCCUUUAAGAUGUCUCUUUCUAUGGGAAUAUAUAAAUAAAUCUAUAUCUAUAUCUAUAUCAAAAUGACAUUGUUAAUGGCUGUUGAACUCGUAUACAAAAUUAUGCAUAGCUAGCUGUCUAGCAUCUUUGUCAAAGUCUGAUUUUUCUGGAUCUGUUUGUUUUUUAUAGACUGUCUAUAUUAUCUAUUAACAACAAAACUAAAUGAAUAUGGCCGGCAGCUGUUUUCAAACCGGUCUCAUUACAUGUGAUGUAUGUACAAGUUUAUAUAUAUGUAUAGAAUUAUAUAUUACCUUGGGGACAGUCAUAACUUCCCUAUUAGAAAGAUAAGGAUUUUGUAUUUCUUUUAGCUCCAAAAUAAAUAGAGUGGGCAGUCACAACAUAUGUUCUUAGUAAUCUCAAUGGUCCAGGUUCACACUCUUAAAUUACGAAAAUAAUAUUGGGCCCUCAUCCGUACUUCGCAAAGCUAUAUAGCUAUUUUUUCUGGUAGUAAAGGGAUUCCCAGUCUUGGAUUCCCAGAUGUUGUUGAGCUACAACUUCCAUCAUCUGCCGUCACAACAGCCUUUGGCAGCUGUAAUCCAACAACAUCUGGAGACCCAAGGCCUCAGUACAGGGGAAGAGGAUUCUUCCAGUUCUAUCUCUUUCUGCUGGAGUAAGUUACAUUAGAAGUUGUGGACUACGUGUGAUGAACUUCACUUCAUACUAGUGUCACCCAGAUUUUGGAAGAUGAUGCUGGUAUGAGCUGGUUCAUAAAUUAUUAUUUUUUAUUUAAAACAAUUUGAGUAUGUAUUUAAAAUAUUUGUAUCCCACCCCUCCAAUCCAAUACUGCGUGGGGUGGCUCACAGACAAUGAGGUCAUUCACACAGUCCAAACGGAUUUGGGAGCUGUGUGUGCCCCCAAUUUUCAGUUGUGUGGAAGCAAGGAGAGGAGAAAAACCUGGGUAGUUUUUCCUCCUACCUUGCUUCCACACAAUCACGUCUACCCAGGUUUUCCUCUUACCUUGUUUCCACACAACCCAAAAUUGGGAGCAUGCACAACCCUAACCUGGGUAGAACAGUUUUUUUGCUCACAUUACCCAGGAAGUGCAGGAAGGAGAAGGUAGACAGCAAUUCCUAUAUCUCUAGUAUUAUGUGGGAACCCACCUAGUUGCUUAAUUUCGUAUAUUUUCCUUCACAGACAAGAUUGCUGCCAAUUAAACUCUCAAGAUUGCUGCCAAUUAAACUCUCUUUUCAUCUCAAUUAAUUUAUCUGGAAUGAAUGCUCAUAUUUGGUAUAUUCUCUCUAUGACUAAUAAAAAUGGUCCCAUCCAGCAGGCACUUUAAGCAUGUUGUAAGAAGCCUGCAUAUACAGAAUACCUAUAUUAUAUAGUACAGGAAAAUCUGCACAGAAACCCGGUACAUGGGGAGAAUGCAAAGAUCCACCUUUUGUGGAUGUCUAUAACUCCUGAUUCCACUGUGCAUGAAUGAGCUCACCAACCCAGCAGACAGUGCAUUUUAGGAAGGAUUGGAUAUGUCUCCACUGGGCAAUGAGUCUGUACCAAAACUGAUCCAAAAUGCCCCUCCCAAGUUUUUAUGCUCCACUCUCACUCACCCGUGCAAAUGCAUACCAGAGUCGAUGCUGUUUAGCAAAGAUUCAUGUUUGCUACCAUAAGACCAGCUCUUGUGGUACCAAUCCUGGUAAUUUUCCAGGGGCAUGGAGGUGGUAGUGAUUGAGAAGUCUGAGAAAUCUCUCAGCCCACUUACAACUGCCACAUUUCCCCCAGAAGCCCCCCUGGAAUGACAGCUGGUCAUGAUGUAGCAUAAUUCAAAGGCCAAUCUGGGGGCAAAAGUCCUUGCAAUUGGGAGGAGAGCUGGUCUUGUGGACACAAGCAUGAAAUCCCCCCUUUACUAAGCAGGGUCUGCCAUGGCUUGCAUUUGGAUGGAUGACUACAGGAGAGGGCUGUAAAAUAUUCCCCUUGGGGGUGGGGCCAUAGCUCUUUGGAAGAGCAUCUGCAUCCUUGCAUACAGAAGGUCCCAGGUUCACCUGGCAUCUCAGGUGGGGCUAGUAGAGACUCCUGCCGGAAACAUUGGUGAAGCCAGUAUACAAUACUGAGGAGAAGGACCAAUAGUCUGACUUCCUAUGGCAGGGAAGGCAGCUUCCUAUCUUCCUAUGGAAACACCACCAAGAAGAAUUCUACAGCACCAUGCUGCCACUUCUACCAAGGAGGGGGUGGAGAAAAUGUUCAAAGGAAAGCUACCGGCCACUAGCCAGCAGUAAGCUGCCCCUCUCAAAAUAGCCCCUAAUUUGUGUCACACAAAUUUUCCCCCAAAUUCAAGGCCAAUGAUUGUUCAAAGAGAGUUUUGAUGCUCUCCACUCACACUGCACAGAGGCUGAAAUGCCGCCCAAUCUCUUGCACAAGACACAAGAAUUGUGCAGCCACAGUUGCAUGAUAAGUGACCAAAGGACAUGAUGGCCACGAUGGACAACCAAUUAUUUCCAAUGUAUGUCAUUCUUGUGUCUUCAUGUACACGGUUAUUGUAUAUUGUGCAAUAGCACUCUUGCAGGAUUGUACAAAUGUUCCAUUCAAUGCAGACAGAACGUUGCACAGUAUAUCAGCCAGUGCAAAUGAAAUACACCUUCAGGGGCCAUUGUGUGGGGCUAUUGCCUGGAUGUUACGGGGUUAUGUGCAAUAUCUCAUUGCCUUAUGUGUGGAUUCCAAAGGGCAUAAGAACAUGUAUUGUUUUUGCAUCACUCAGUAAGAGGCAGAAGAUUGUGCCUCCCAGAAUCUGUCCUUUUCUUAGGAGAAUAAUAACAUGUCCCAUAUCUUUUGUUAAGUCAGAUUUCUUAUGAAAUCCAUAGUGUAUGACAAAUGGCAAACCUCUUUCUAAGAGGUCCAGUUGAUGGAAAACAGUGGAAUAACUGGAGGAGACUUAGGGAAUGGCUUUUAAAAAGGCAUUACUCUUGAAUUUUCACCACCCUUAAAGGAUGGAUGUCAUUAGUCCCUCAUCUAACCAAGAUUGUGAAUGUAAAGCUUAGAAUGCCACUGUGAAAUUUUAAUGCUUAUUAUUUAUUAUGGUGAUGAUGAAAUCUUACAUAAUAGGAGGAGGAGGAUGAAGAAGAUACUAAUAAAGAUCAUUAUUAAUAAUGAACAGUCAUCAGUGCCAAUAUGACUCAACUAUUUUUCUACAUAUGCUCUAUGGUGAUAACUUGUGUGGCUUGUGUACUGUGCAAAAGAAAUGUCAAUAAACCUGUUUGCUUC